GAGGGGGAGGGGGUUGAGAAUGCAGGAGAAGAAGCAACAGCUUUUCUGGGGAAACGGACGGAAGGAAAGUCAGAGCAGCUUCUGUGGAAAGAAGGAAGUACGGAGAGGAAACAGGAUGAGGUGAAGAAGUGCUGAGGAUAAAAUAAGAAAGAUGCCUUAAAGGAAUGCGCUGGACAGAAAAGCAGCGGAGGAACUUGUUCUUGUGCAUGUGAGAAGAAAAGUGGGCUGAUGGAUUGAGUAAUAAAAAGCCAGGCCUGUCAGUGGAGAAAAGAAGAGAAAGAGAGAGCGAGAGAGAGAGCGAGGGGCAGUUAAAUUAAGCAGAGGGAGGGAGAGUGAGGAGAUUAACAGUCUGAGAGAGAAACAGAGAGAGAGAGUAAAGAAAAGGGUGCAGUCGUUAAGAAAGAGGCAGAGUUGUAAAAUACGGAGAGAGCGGCAGCAGCAUCUGCAUUUGAACGAGAGCACACGCAUGUCCGCGGAUAUGUGUGCCACCGAGACCGUGUGUAACAGUGGAUGCGCGUUAUGAGGACUCUUAUGCGCUGGCUGCUUCCUGUCAUCCUUCUGUGCUCCUUCUGCAGUGUGGCCUUCUGGGUUUUCAUCUCCAACAAUAAUGUAAUCCCUCACCCUGCAUCUAGGUUUCCUCAAAAAGCCUCCAACACACAAUCUUGUAAGGCAUGCAAAGACAGUGUGAUCAUUGGCAAAGCACUGGGAAACUAUUCAAACAGCUGGAAAAAACACGAGGCAAACUUUAAAAGAUUCAGGUUAUUACUAAAUGACAAAUGCCAUGCUGUGUCAAAGGCUGUGGUCACACAGAAUAACACUCCUCUGGGGUCAAAUGUUGUCUAUGAUGGAGAAAGAAGAAAACCACUACAGGUGACCCAAGCCCUGUUCAACAUCUUGGCUAAGGAGCAGCCAUUUGGAAAUGUUACAUGGGAGUCAUGUGCUGUGGUGGGUAAUGGAGGUAUUUUGGCCAAUAGCAGUUGUGGAGAAGAAAUCAAUUCAGCCCAGUUUGUCAUUAGAUGCAACCUUCCACCACUUGAUGACAGAUAUGAGAAAGAUGUGGGAAACAAAACCAAUCUUGUCACAGCAAAUCCCAGCAUCCUCCAUGAGAAGUAUAGUGGUCUGAUGGAGCGGCGGCGUCCAUUUGUGGAAAGCCUUCACUCAUACGGUCAAGCCUUAUUACUGCUGCCAGCCUUCUCCUACGGUCACAACACGCCUGUAUCCCUGCGUGCCUUUUACACACUGGAAGACUUUGGCAGAGAGGGCCCGCUGCCCAUUUUCCUGAAUCCAGAAUACUUGAGAAAGUUGACGAAGUUUUGGCGUGAGCAAGGCCUAAACUCUGUUCGCCCCAGCACUGGGCUCAUCAUGGCCAGCUUGGCUCUAGAAAUCUGUACUAAUGUCCAUUUGUACGGUUUUUGGCCCUUCGGUAAACAUCCGAACGACAGUCGACCUAUCACCAACCAUUAUUACGAUAAUCGGGAGAGCAAGAAAAAUGUGCAUUCAAUGCCGAGCGAGUUCGAACAAUUACUGAAACUCCAUAAGCAAGGUGUGGUUCACAUACACCUGGGUGAAUGUCAGCCUGCUCAUAGAUAAAACACGAGGCUGGUGGGAAACGUAAGGUACGUUGGUGUAGAUUGCAUACAGAAUACCUCUGUUUAUUUAAAGGGUUAGUUCACACAAAAAUGAAAACUCGGUUAUUGAUUACGCACUCUCAAGAGAUCUUGCUUCAUAUUCAGAGUAGGGUUGGGCAAUAUCAACCAAUUUGGCAUCGUACAAUAUCUAAUGUGAAACAUCCUGAUGGAUGAUGACAUCAGUGAAUUAGUUAUUUAUGAACUCAUAACAAAUUAUUUAUUUGUAGCCUACCGUUUCAACUACCUGACCCGCAUGGUCUUUAUUUUACCCAUAACCAAAUCAUAAAUAAAGAUAAGUUACACACAAAUGACCACCUAUCAGUCACUUUUUCUGCAGGACUCUGGCAGGAAUAGGCAGAGUGAUCUGUGUCGUUAUAAUGGCGUCGACAAACUUGGUUGAUAAAAAAAUGCACAACCAACAGGAACCAACCAACAGUAUCUGAGGUUUUCACUAAAAUUACUAAGUACAAGCGUGAAAGUGAAAGAUUGAAGCAGUGUGCUGAUGCUGUGACACAUUACCUGAUAGAUUCAAGACCGAAGAGGUGUUAGUUAGAGACAAGAUUAAUUAAAUAUCACGUUUAACAACUAUAGUGAGACACGAUCCAGUGUGUUUUUGUGUGUGUGUGGUCACGUGAUGUGCGUUUUCAGCGGUGUAUUGUGUAAGGAGGGCUUUUCAGAAAUGCUAGAUGAAACCCAUGUCACACUUUAAGAUCUCAGCUGUCAUAAAGUAAGACUGAACGACUAUGAAGACGUGCUAAACACAAAAGUAAACACCUCCGGAGUUUGACGUCAUCCACCCGUGACACUUUCACCAUCCCGCGUUCUGAAAUGAUUCCUCACAGCCAACGUAAACAAUCUGUAGAUGCAAUUUUCCUCACGGUGUCUCAAUAAUAAAACCAGGAAGAAUUUUUUUUUUUGGCAUUUCUCCGUGGUCAUUUGAAUUGUUGCAUGGAUUGCCUCAUCAAAUUCACCGCUCCUAUUGGUUCUUAGAUUGAUGCUCAUCGCAGCAGUUGUCACACUGCAGGAAAGUGUCUGAAAUCUUCUGACACUGCCAGAACUUCAUCGGAGGAAAAAUCUGAUCGCAACGGACACUAAUCGGCUGUCUGUGAACAUGUCAAACUAACGAUCAAAGAUCUCCGAUUUUAGCCUAGCAUUUCAGGACUCUUUUAGGAUUCCACAAAUUUGUCUAAGAUGACAAAAUCGUGGCUGAAAUCUCACAGUGUGAGCAGGGCUUAAGACGUAUUAGUGUAAACAGGGCCUAAGUGUGUAUUUUUCGCGAGUUUGUUGCUGCUGCGAUGGGGGGGGGAGGAUCGCAAUGCCGGCUCAGCAUAGUGAUGUCUAUCGGCCAUCGGCGAUGGACGAUGGAAUCGUCUAUCGACCCAACCCUAAUUCAGGGCAUGAAUUAAGCUAUUUUAGAUGAAAUCUGAGAGCUCCUUCGACAGCAGUGGUCUUGAUAUUCGAAGUCCAGAAAAAGAACUAAAAACAUUUUCAAAAACUUUCAUGCGACUUCAGUGGUUCAACUGUAAUAAUAUGAAGCUCCCAAACCUAAAAAUGACUUUGCUCACCACUGCCUCCUUUUCCAACACUAUCUCACUGCAAUUCGUAACUUUUUGAUUUAGUGUCAUAUUUGUACGAUCGCAUUUGUACAAUUAAGGAUAAUUUACUCUUCUUCCAAAGACAGUUUCCACUGCAACUAGUCAUAGGAGUUCAAAUAUUUUAACGGAUCCGCAACUCAAAUCAGAUGCAAAUUCUGCGGAGAUGAUCAAACUCCACGCAGCUCCCGGACAACUCUCCAUUGGAAAUGAAUGACUGUUGCUUGACGUUUGUCGUGUGCAGUGGAAAGGCGGCUUUAGGUUUAGGGGUGUUUGGUGUCUCCUUUUAAAAAUCGUACAUUUUCGUACUGAACUCAUAAUACUGACAAAAUGUAAAAUAGUUACGUUUCCUUACGAGAUCAGGCUGGCUUUUCUGCAACAGUACACUGUACAGUAUUAUGGCCGCUACAAUGUUUUUAACAUUAGACUGCCAUUUGUAUUUGCCAUUAUUAGCAGCAUGCUGCAUAUAGAAAAUCUGACCUGGAAGACUAGUAGGGCAGGGGUGUCAAGCUCAUUUUCAAAGGACCAGAGCAAACAUAACUGUAAGACUGAUGUUAGAAUUGCUCUUAACAUGUUGUUAAAUAAUUUUCUCUUUAUUUCAUUAUAACAUAUUGAAGUAAUUAAAACAUAUUUCUAAAGGUGCUGUUAACCUGAUAUUUUCACCUGAUGUUGGUAACAACCAAAGAAAUUUAUAUAUGCAAAGAAAACAAAACUAAUUUGUUUACAAAUGAAGUUAUGCUCAAUAAAAUGAAAUGACGCAGGGAAAAAGUAUUGAACACAUGAAGAAAGGGAGGUGUAGAAAGGCAGUGAAAGCCCAGACAGCAGCUGAAAUCUCUCAGUAGUUCUUCAGCAAGCCUCUGUCCUUCAUUUUAAAUUAAUAUUCGCUGCUUCAGUUUAACGUCUACAUUAGCAGGAGGAUGAAGAUGAAACCAGGGUGUACAUUUCAGCAAGAAAUGAUCCAAAACACAGCCAAGGAAACUCUCAAAUGCUUUCAGAGAAAGAAAAUCAAGCUGUGGAAUGGCCCAGCCAAUCACCUGACUUGAAUCCAAUAGAAAAUACAAAUUAAGGAUCAGAUUUGGUUCACAAAACCAGCAUGCAUUAUGGGAGAUAUAGUUUAUAGUCAAUAUAUGAUAUAAAGUAUCAUGGACUUUUGUUAUAAUGCUGGGUUCAUACCAAACAUGAAGCACAGCGUCACUCACUCUAGAUUAGAAUGUUUUUCACCUCACAUGAAUUUUACGUUUGAGUUAAAUAUCUCAAACUUUGCCAGAGGAUAUUCGCAGCAAAUGCAUCAACCAGUUUGCAUUUACAUUGUAUAUAAUCUAUUUGCACGAAUACUUAAAUUAGAAUUUUCCUCGCAGGCCAAAUAAAAUUCUACAGCGGUCAGGAUUUGCUUUGUGGGCCUUGAGUUUGACACAUGACAAGUGAAUAAAGUCAUUUUUACAGGUGUUUUUGACACACAAAAUUGUUCUUGGAGCUUUUGUAUGGUUACAGUUGAACCAAUGAAGUGACAUGGAAUAUUUUUGAUUAUUUUUAUGAAUGAUAUGGGUUGUUUAUGAUACCUAUUCGCUUUUUACAGUAUAUAAAAUGCCUUAAUUUGUGCUAUGAACAUGAUAGAAGGUUGGAUAUUGGAACGAAAUAGGAAUAAUUAAUGAUCAAAUUUAAAUUUUUGUGUGAACUAACCCUUUAAGAAGUACAACACAUUUUGUUAGGAAGGAUGUGUGGUAAGAAGCAGCUGUAAAUGUGCACUGAAUCUGUAUUGCUUGUUUUGCUGUGCACUCUUGCAUGCACAACCAAUUCAUCAGUUUUGAGUUACUUUGAGAUAACCUUGUGCACAAAACUAGCUAAAAAUGAAUGUACCGACUUUAGCCUUGGUGUACUGUGAAAGAACUCUAAUUAGGAAAAUGACACCCAGAGUUGCACCCUUAAACACUCCUUAAGCGGUCUUGCCUUAGUCAGCCUUUAGCGGUGCUCCUCCAGCACUGUUGCAUUCAUCACAAGUGCCAGUCUGUCCUCUUUGGCAGUGAAUGUGAAUCUGAUCUCAGGUGUGCAGAAAUAGCUGUAAAAAGCAGCACUGAAUUUAUAACGCAAGACUGUGAGUUUAGGAAAUGUCUGCCAUAAAUAGAAAGCUUCAAAGUGUGGUGUCACAUUGACCGUGUGAAAUAAUAGGAAGCAUAGAUGUGGGUUAGCAUAAAAAAAGCUAACACAGAAGGUGUAAAUGCUGACAAUAGUGCCAAUUUUCAGCGUGCCAGUUUUGAAUGCCCUAUAUUUACACAGAAAUCACUGUAAUGUAAAUUAAAGUUGCUUUUAAUUAUUAAUUAAAUAUCACUUUCUGAUCAAA